AAGAAUGAAAUUGGAGGCUGAAGAUAUUCACCGCAUCUACAAGCAUCCUCUACCUAUGGACCCAUUGGCCGAAGAGCAACAGCGAGUUUUCGAUACUGCUACAAAUUGCUAUAUGUGUAAAGAAAAGUUCUCCACGAAUAAUUAUAAGGUGAGAGACCAUGACCAUCAAACCAAACAACUUCGCGGUAUAUCCUGCAAUACAUGCAACUUGAAGGCAAGGACACCUAACUUCAUCCCGGUGAUUUUUCACAACUUGUCCGGGUACGACAGUCAUCUCUUCAUUAAGGAAUUAGGCGGAAACGAUGGGGAUAUUACUGUCAUACCAGAGAACACGGAGAAGUACAUCUCCUUCUCAAAGCAAGUGGGAAACCGACUUAGUCUUCGAUUUUUGGACUCUUUCCGAUUCAUGGCCAGCAGCCUGGACAAACUCACCCAGAACUUAUCGGAAGACCAGUUCAGAACUUUCACGGGGUUUACAUCCCUCUUCUGA